AUGAAUAUAUUCGAAAAGGUUGCAUUAAAUAAAUUAAACUCCAUUGUUUAUAACAAUGUAGUAGAGAACGAGACUGUAUUAAACAUAUCUGUUAUUACUUUUGCUCAUGAGAUGCUAAAUCUUGGUUUCUCUAUCACAGAAGAAGUCUAUAACUAUCUAUGUAAUUUGAAGCACUCAGAAAAAAAGUGUACUGAAAUAUUAGAAACAGCUAAAGAAUCUGUCGGUGCUCAUGUGAAAAUGAAAGCAUUUUAUCCAGAUUAUCCUCUUCAAGUGAUGAAUAUGCCAGAGGCUGAAUUGUAUUUUUUGGCUGCAAUUCACUAUUGGAGUCACGGACACUGGAAACCCUUCUAUAUAGAAUCAAGUCGACUUGAACUUAAUGAAAUGACCCAUAAAAUAACUAUUUCUUUGAUCUCUAUUAAUCAUGUUAAGGCAUACUUCUAUAAAAUUUUGUCAUCAAAGCAAGGUGUUCCAGAAGGAUUGAUAACCUUUGUUGAAAAGGCCAUCGAUGAAGGAUGGGCCACUGGAUUUACUGGAGAAAUUCCAUUCAAAGAAAAUUUAUGUCGUGUUGCAGCAUUUCUUGUUAAGAAUGGAGAAUCAAUUGAUAACAUAAUAUCAACGUCUACUGACAUACUACGUGUUAUGGCUUCUUUAUCAGAAUCAGAUAUUGAAUUGAAAAAUAAAAUACGCUUCAAAUCAUUGAGCCGCAGAUAUCGCCGAGUGAUAAUAUCGGCACUAGAAAAAGUAAUAAAUAUCUCUGAUAUUAAGGCAUACGAAUCCUUGUGGAAAAUAGCAUUUCAUUCACUUCAUGUGGGUGAAUAUGGUGGUAAAACUGCUGAAAUUGCAUCUCGAUUUCGUAACGAAAGAAAUGUGAAGACGUCUGAAACGAUCAUAGCAGAAGCUAUUAAAAAAGGUAACACGGAAUUGGCAGUGAAAAAGUUGAUACAUAAACCGUCCGUGUUUGCACGUUCUCUUGAUAAAUUGUUGAGGGAUUCCAAUAAAGAAACAGCAGAAUUAAUUUUAAAGCAAUUUGAUUCAAUAAUUAAUAAAAUUGAUAGUAAGAUCCUAUUACUGCUUCUCGGUCAUUUUAAAGGACGUAAGGUCAAUGAGUCAACCACGAGAGUUGUUUUUACCGCAGGUAGCCUAGGAAAAGCCAUUUUGGCCCCCAAGUUAGCUGAAUUAGACAAAGAUAUUCUUACAACAAUCACAAGGAGUGUUACCAUUGAAUUGGAAAAACAGUUCUAUAAACGAGGUAUAUUAAAAGACAAAGCAGUAUUUAUCGCACCAGAAGCUAAAUCUGUUUUAUUACCCUCACAAUUGUCAUCUAUAUCUGAUAAUAAAAGAACAAUAUCCCGUGGUUCCAGGAUACCAAUUGAUAUUAUAUCUCAAGAUAUCGAAAAAAAUACACUUCGUAUGUUUAUUCAUUGGAUAGGUAAAGAUCAAGAUUUAAGUGCAUUAUUUUUGAGUGAAGAUUUGAAUUCUCUGAGUCACAUUGCUUUCACAAAUUUGAAAGAAGGCUUCGCCUGGCACUCAGGUGAUAUUAGAUCUGCACCUGCACCAGAUGGAGCCAGUGAAUUUAUUGAUAUUGAUCUUAUAAAGGCACAAGAGUCUGGAAAGCGAUAUGUCUGCAUGGAUGUUAGAGUUUUCUCUGGCUCUAGCUUCUUAGAACACGAACAAAGUUUUGCAGGCUUUAUGAUUCGUAAGGAGCCACAAUCUGGUGAAAUAUUUGAGCCAUCAACAGUUCGUUGUAAAUUUGAUAUCACUAACAACGGAAAGUCAGCUAGUAUUUGCCUUUUUGAUAUGAAAACCAGAGAAAUGAUAUGGAUUGAUACCAAGAUGUUAACUCGUAGACACGUUUCGAACAGCCUUGUUAAUAACAUUGCAAGCUCCGUGGAUGUUAUUCGUGCAUUUCUCAAGAUGGAGCAAAGCAAGGUUAAUAUUAAUGAACUUAUUUCUAUGCAUGCGAGAGCUGUGGGUGCAAAAAUUGUUUCGCAAAGGGAUGAGGCAGAUUUUGUAGUUGGGUUAGGAGAGGGAAAUCUUGAUGUGUACGAUUUCACAACAAUAAAUGCUAUUUGGAUUUAG